AUGAAAUUUGAAAAUUCACAUCACACCAAAGUCUUGCUAAGAACAUAUCCGAAAAGACAGAUUUCGACAACUGCUUCUUAUGCAUAUCUUAAAGCCACAUAUGACAGGGGUAAUUACCAGGUUAAUUGCUCGCCUCGUCGAGGUAUAUCAUUUAACAUAUCUCUGCUGAAGUUGCGGUUCUCAUUAAAUUGCUCUAUUCACGUUAUAUGGUUCGUUGGAGACUAUAAAUACAGCGAAAGAAGACUGUCACUUCAGUUAAAUCCAAUCGACACUACUUGCGUCAGAUCUCUUGAUACAACAAGAGAAAAUGCAGAGCGUUCUAUCAAACAUCUUUUUUUUCAUCCUGCUCUGCAAUACGAGUUUCAAUGCCGUCCAACACAAGAUACAUCCACGUUAAGUAAAAUUGUCAAAAUCAAUAAGAAGUAUAAAGAAAAGAUGGAUUCGCAGCAUGUCAUGGUUGACGGAGACAUGAUCAUGACAGAAGAAGAAGUCAUAUUGAUGAGACAGAAUCCACAGAUGGGAAAUAAAACAAAGAAAGUGAAAAAGGAAAAAAAAAAUUCUGUUGGCGGAAAAAAUUCAUCAAAGAAGAGUCGAGCUAAAAGAGAGAUCAAGCAGGCGAAUAUCUGGCCUGACAAGACUAACAUUCCUUACGACUUUGACAUAAGUUCAAUUGCAGCUUACAUUGAGGAUUUGCCUGUUGGUCAAACUGUCUUGGAUGCCUUGGACUCGAUUGAAAAGGUUACGUGUUUGAAAUUCGUAAGACGAAAAAAAGAGGAACAUUUUAUAAGAUUUACCAAUGGGAAAGUAUGCGCAAGUGUAAUUGGUUUCAAUCCUUUGUAUGCCAAAAAUAUUGGGCAACCAAUCAUAUUGGGUCCCCAGUGUUCAGACAUUGACAUCAUCCAGCAUGAGAUCCUUCAUGCAUUGGGAUUUUACCACGAACAUCAACGCACAGACAGAGAUCAGUAUGUCAAUGUUCACUGGCAAAAUGUGGAGGAAGGACAACAAAAACAGUUUGCGAUAAGGUACGGAGGAACAACGCUUGGAUUUGCAUACGAUAAGAGAAGUCUUAUGCACUACGGAAGAUAUGAAUGGAGUAAAAACAGCCAAAUUACACUUGAAGACAAGCAAAACCCAUCUGCACCAUUAGGAGGCACAACGCUGACUGCUACGGACAUCAAUCAAAUUAAUACAUUAUACGGUUGCACUGCGAAUAAUUAG